GUGGUGCUUCUAUGGGGCAGAGGCAUGGAUAGCCACCAAUCCGGGCUGCGCUUCCUUCCGCCUCCUUUCCACCACCCAGGCUGGAGAAGUCAUCCCCACCAUGAAUUCCUUGCUCCCAAGAUCAGCUCUUCUUGUUUAUACGCGCCGAGGCGCAAAGAACAGGCGCCGUCUUGCUUGGAGUUCGAAGCUGGCAAGUUCCCUCCGACCCUCCAGCCCCCGGUGUCUCCUCUCCCUGGGCUGGAGCGGAAAGAACCGGCUUUCUCGGCCCGCCAGGGUAGACCUCCGCAGCCCAGCUUCGCCUCCAGCGCCCUUCAACAGCCUUCGUUAAUCGUCUUUCCUCCGCCGCGGCCACCUUGCGGAGAAUUAACUUCCGCCGCUCCGAACGGGACUCGACUAGGAGGAAGCCCUUCACCUUCGGACUUCGCAGAGAAAAGAAACUACGAGAUGUCCAUCCUACUGAAACCUAACUAUGGAUCAGGGAGGCGCAAAGGAAGACAAGAAGACGAGGAGGAGGAAGAGGAGGAGGAAGAAGAAGAAGAGGAAGAGAAAAAUUUCUUUCCUAAAGCCCCGUCUCUAGACCUAUCUCAACGCGAUCAAACUUCACAAGGUAACCCCGCGGCCAACUGGUUACACGCCCGCUCCUCACGGAAGAAACGAUGCCCCUACACUAAGUACCAGACCUUGGAACUGGAGAAGGAGUUUCUGUUCAAUAUGUACCUCACCAGGGACCGUAGACACGAAGUGGCCCGCCUCCUCAACCUGAGCGAAAGACAAGUCAAAAUCUGGUUUCAGAAUCGAAGGAUGAAGAUGAAGAAAAUGAACAAGGAGCAGGGGAAAGAAUGAAGGUUCCCUUGCCCGGCCCCUCCUCUUGUCUCCACCCCAAGUCUGAGCCCCGCUUAGAAACUGGUGUUUGUAUUUAUGGGCAAUGUUCUUCCAAGGGUGCUGGAGGUCGGGGCGGCGCAGGUGGGGAGGCGAGGGGAGCCAAGCAGAAACAGACUGCCCGGGUCGGUCGCAAAGGCGUUCAUAAUGAUGUUACACCUGUUCUGUUCUUUGGGGUCUUCUUUUUCCUUCUUUUAAAACUGUCCAGGAGGCAACUGCUACAGUGUGAGGAGUCGCAGUGGAGGGACUGGCAGAUGACUGACCAGAGUUUCAUGUUAACUCACGGGGCUCUCCCGGUGGCUUCUUGGGAGAGUCUCCCCAUAUUGUACUUCUUCCUCCCCCAGGCCAGACACUGUCCCAGACUAGGAGCCGGCCCGGUCCCCUGGGAAGUUCUCCUGAGCCAAGAGGAGGAAACCAAGGGAGACUGCGCUCCAGCACUGAGGCUCAGCAGGAUUUCCUGGAAGACGGUGCCCUGGCCUGGAAAGGCUUUCCAUAAUCCCAUGUUCCUGACACAGGGGACGGGCAUCAUAUAGAUCUAUAGCUGGAAUGAGCAGCGGAACUUGAAUGGAAGCCCAUUUGUUUGGCUAUCUUUUUUAGAGCACCUAAGCCGAUUUUCUGAUAGUUGGGAGCGGAAGGGCCACCACAGCACAUUUAAACACCCCCCCUUACUUUAAAAACAAGUCCAUAUGGGACAGCUGAGCGACUGUUCCCAACAGAAAUGCCUUGACGCAAUGCCUCCCAGGCCUGUGGGUAAGAGCCCCUUGGCUCCAAGCAAAACGGGGUCCUCUUCUUCUCCCCCUCAUUUGAACAGGCUUGCUCAGGAAUCCUUAAGAUACCCCAUAAAUUGGUCCUGACUUCUAAGGGGCAAGGCAGGACAUUUCUCCUCCUCCUGCUCCCACAGAUUGGCAAGAGGGGAGUGGAGAUGGAGGAGAGAUCGCCACCUUUGUCCUAGUGCCGAGGAUGGGGGUGCCCGCGAGUUCCUAGUGUUCCACUGUUUAUAAUUGAUUGGGGACAACCAGGAUUCAGAAAACCAGACAAGUGCCAAGCAUGGUUUGCGGAACUUCUCUGGACCUUUCUCCUUCUCCUCCUCCUUCACCCAGGUUUCUGCGGAGAAGUUUUGAUACUUGAACGUUCUAGAGAUAUUUCCGUCUGUGGCCCCGUGGCUCCUAGAGGACAUAGCCAUCUUCCGUGUCCACUGGAAAACCAAGUUUUGAAUGGCAUCAAAGUUCUUGAUGGCCCCUCUUAUGUGUGUUCAUGUAACAGACAGACAUCCGCAUUGUUUACAAAAGUCUCCUGAUUUCAUACUGGGAAGGCUGGGAAGAUUCUCAACUUUGAAAGCUCUGGUGGGGUCUCAUACGUCAGCUCUCCUGUCGACUCACGCCACAUAGGAUUCUGUUGUCCUUAUGACUGUUUCUAUUUAGCUUCCCUCCCCCCUCCCCUUCAUCGGUGGGACUUGGGGGGGGGAAAUAGGUAGUUAAGUAACUUAGUACAAAGUGAUCAGACGUUGUGUUUAUUUUUUAAGGAAAAUUCCGUGUUCGUGACUGUGCUUUUGUGAACGUUCCGCUAGUUUUUUCCUGUGGCUUUUUAGGACUAUAAAAAUGGGGUCUAUACCUGUUAGUUGCAGAGCUGGCGGGAUAUACAUGUAUAUAAUUUAUCUCCCUCCCCUUUCCUGUACUCCCACACUUAAACUACCAAUAUGUUUCUAGAAGUAACACUGUAUGUACUGACAAUUUUUUGGUAACAAAACGGAAGAGGGGUGGGGAACACAAGAGAUAGAUGAAAUUUAAUGUCUCUCUUUCAGGUAAUUUCUGGGCAAAGCGGUUCCAACGGAGAGAUCUAAUUUCAUAGAAUGUUGUAUAAGAUUUUUAUACCAUUUCUGCCUGAGGAUAAGCCCUUAUUCUGUAGAGAUUUGAUAGGCACAUUUUGAUCCUUGGAGGGACAGCCUUGCGGUUUUGCAGGAUUCUCCGAGGAUGGGGGGGAAACAAAUCUUUUAGGAUAGACUUCGGUGUAAAAUAUUCAGGAUUUUUUUCUUUAAAAAAGAAAAAAUAGGAGGUUUGAUGACUUUCCUCAAUACCCGUGGGGUUAUUUCCUAUCCCGAGCAAGAUUUCUUUCUUUUUUAAUAGGAUACCAGGCAAACAGUAAACGAAGUGCUUUUCUGUAAUAGCUCCAAACCUUAACUCUAGCAUGUGGCUCAAAUUUAGUCAAACUUCACCUUGUCUCACCACGUCAAUUUCGCAAACGGAAUUUCCGAGGAAGCCUCCUGUCCCCUCCCCACCUCACC